AUCCCCAGUCCACAGGUUUGUUUCCAAAUGUGUGACUCGCCGCCAACAAUUUUCACUUGCUUCUGACUCUGAGGAAUCGCCCUGGACCAGUUUGCUAGGAUAUGGCUGAUAUUAAGGUCAGGGGGAUGUAGGACAUGGCAUUUAAAUUCUUGUUUAGGACAACAGUUGCGUUAGAUGUAAUAGGAAGGAGAGCUUCCUUCAAAGUCAGGCUGUUGCAGCUCCAGCAGGUGCUGCCUGGACAGCUGCUUUAAAGCUACCACAAAGUGUGCAGCAUUUUCUUAUAUCCUCACCAUAACACAGCUAAUUAUGUGGUGUAUGGCAGCCUGGCCAAAUGAAUCAUCUGUCAGCUGUGAAAGCAGAUCCCAGAACGAAACCACUUUCACAAGGGGAUUACAAAGCACAGGAAACACAGGUGAUUACCAGCAGGUGUCUUUGAUACCUACAUCCGUCUCUUCCUCUGGCCCUUUGAAAUGACUCUGAUAUGCUGCAAUUAGGGAUAGCUGGGAAGAGAUGGAGGGUGGCUGCUGCCUUCCUCCUCUCCUCCUACUUGGUUUUGAAGUUGGGAUCAAAGGGAUUUGGAGUGUCUGGGGGGUCUGGAGAGGAAGGAAAAGUGAGGAAAUGCUGCUAUAAAUAAGGCUGAACUCUCCAAGGCGCAUGCUUAACUCCUUUAGGUGCGAAAGGCAAGCAGUGCCUUAUUCUGGCAAGCAGCAACCCACAGGUUCAAAAUACUGGGGUGAAGGAUGUGUGUUGCUCAGUGACUUUCACCCUAGGAAGGAGAGUGGAAGGUGGUUUGCUGUCUUCCAGGGAAUAUAGACAAUACUCUGAGUUGGGAAUGGAGGUGAAGUUUCUGCUUGGGAUCACUUGCCUCUGCUCCCCAUUGACUGCUAUGGUUCUUGACUUCAACACCAUCAGGGGCUCAGCUGAAGUAUCCAGCUCCAAAAAGGGUGCCCAAUGCUUCACAGACAAAGACUGCCCAGCUGGGAAGUUCUGCAACAAGGCCUGGGAAGAGCUGCCCUUCUGCGCUGCUUGCCAUGGGCUACGGAGGAGGUGCCAACGCAACACCAUGUGCUGCCCAGGGAUGCUCUGCAUAAAUGAAGUGUGUAGUCAGACUGAAAAGACGACUCUCGUUGAAGAAAAGAAGUGUGAGAAACAGGCUGGGUUGAGUUCAAAAGCCGCAGUCCAGUGCCUGGUUCCAGCAAGCAACGUCUUGAAGAAAGGAAAUACUCAAACACCAAACAACAAAGUUGAAGAAGGCGAGAGUUGCCUCCGCACCUCCGACUGUGCUGUGGGGCUCUGCUGCGCUCGCCAUUUCUGGGCCAAGAUCUGCAAGCCUGUUCUCAAGGAGGGCCAGGUGUGCUCCAGACGAGGACAGAAGGAUGGCUCUCAGGGACCUGAAAUCUUCCAGCGGUGUGACUGUGGCCCAGGACUGUCUUGCCAACUGCCACUCAGCGGAGAGCCCCAGCGAUCACGCUUACGAGUCUGCUGGAGAAACUGAUGUCACUUUUAUCAGUCAGCUAAUAUCAGAGUCCUCAUAAGCCAAAGAUGAACUCCACCCAGUAGGAAAUCUAAAUCCCCAAACCACAUAUAUUUGCCCUCCAUACACUGCUGCUGCUACUUUGUAGGGUAGAUAAAUGGCUCCCUUCAGAUGGGUUGUUGCUCUCCCUGGUGUGUGCCUUAUUUUGGCUUUUGAUACUUGAACUGUGCCUGUUUUAAUCAAGAGGAGACUUCAGUGUUGACACCCAAGGUGCUAGCCUUGGCCUUUUGUCUGGGAUAGAGUAGCUCAAGAAUCUCCUCUUCUAUAAGCUUGACUUUUGGUGGUCCCACCAUUGAUGGGAGGUUGGGUUGGUGGGACAAGGGGCAGGGGAGCCCUUUUGAUUGUGUCACCCGAAUGACAGAAUGAUCUUCCCAGAGAUGUGCUUCUUAAGCAGGAGCAUAAUAUGGUUCUGUUUCAGCAGUCAUAUUUUUAAGUGAAGAAUUUUUGCGAUUUAUCAUUUGA